UUCUCUUCUUGUGUGAGGAUCUCUCCUCUUUUCUCAAUCCGCUUCCACUAGUGGAUGGAAAAAGCUCCCGACGGCGAAGGAGAUGCCGCUGCCGGUGGCACCAGCGAAGGCCCCGAACCCCUCACCUAUAAGACAUGGAUCUUGAGAGUGUCAAUUCAUUGUGGUGGAUGCCAAAAGAAAGUAAAGAAAGUCCUUCAAAGUAUUGAAGGAGUAUAUAAGAUAGAGAUAGAUCCCAAGCAACACAGAGUUGUAGUGACCGGUAACGUCGAAUCUGAGACGUUGAUCAAGAAGCUCACCAAAUCGGGAAAAACCGCGGAGCUUUGGCCGGAAAAUCAGUCAAAAGAAGGCGGAGAGAGCAAAAUUGAUCAGACCGACGGCUCAAAAACCGGCUGUGACUCUUCCGGUGAGGAUCAGGCGGAGGAGAAGGGCGGGGCACAGCCUCCCCCAGCUCAAGGCGGCGGCGGGGGUGGAGGUAAGAAGAAGAAGAAAAAGAAAAAGAAGAAGAGCUCCAACGCCAAUGCCGGUGGUGCACCUGGUGGAGCGGCUCCAGGCGCUCCACCAGGUGCGAUGGGUGGGCCCGUUGAGCAGACGAAUGAGAGUUCUCCACGUCAGCAAGUAUUCAGUUAUCCGCAGUUUUACUAUCCUACGCCGGAGUAUGGGGUGAGCUACAAUAGUGCUCCACAGAGUGCGAGUAUGGGAAGGGGGUAUUAUACGAUGCCUAGGUAUUCGUACGCGUAUUAUGGCGCGGACUCUUAUCUACCGUCCGAUUCAAUCAUAGAUGACACCUCUUGCUCCAUCUCCUGAUUCUCUUUAAUUUCCCCAUCUCAAUAUUGUUAUUUGGGAAUUAAGGUGAUAUGUUGUGUAAUUGAUUAUGAUAAUGUAGGACAUAUAUAUAGUUUGACCGUUUCUCUUACAAA